AUGAAUAACUACAACAACCAGCCUCCUCAAAACCCAGGAUUCUAUAACCAGCAGCCCGGUUAUUAUCCACCACCACAGGGCUAUCCUCAGGGAUCGUACCAACCUCAACCUCAAGUCAUAUACCAACCACAGCCUCCUCCACAACAGCAAAAUGAUCGGUGUUGCCUAUACGUACUCCUAGGAUUGUGUUGUGGAUGUUGUGUGGGAGAAGUGUGUUGUGAUUAA